UCCUCCACCCUCCCAGCUCCCCUCUAGACUGCGCAGUCUAACGACACAUCCGGCCCCUCUUCUUCUCUCUCAGCUCUCCAGAAACUUCUGCUCCGUGGAGCCGAGCUGCUAUAAGAGAAACCAGCCAUCUUCCUCCACCAUCCUCAGUGGAAAACCAGCGAGCUGAAGCUAGCACAGUAAUAUCACCUGACUAGUAGGUUUGUCACCAUGGUUCAUGAAACCGGCUACUACGACCUGCUGGGUGUCAACCCAGCAGCUUCACAGGAGGAACUGAAGAAAGCAUACAGAAAGCUGGCUUUGAAAUUUCACCCCGACAAGAACCCCGAUGAAGGAGAGAAGUUCAAGCUUAUAUCUCAAGCAUAUGAGGUGCUGUCUAAUCCAGAGAAGAGAGACUUGUAUGACAAUGGAGGAGAACAAGCAAUCAAAGAGGGAGGCAUGAGUGGAGGAACUUCCCCAAUGGACAUGUUCAACAUGUUCUUUGGAGGUGGAGGACGGAUGCAGAGAGAGAGAAGAGGGAAGAAUGUCAUCCAUCAGCUUAGUGUUACACUAGAGGAGAUGUACAAAGGCAGCACCAGAAAGCUUGGACUUCAAAAGAAUAUCAUUUGUGAAAAAUGUGAAGGUUAUGGUGGUAAGCAAGGUGCCUUGGAGAAGUGCUCAAGUUGCAAAGGAAGAGGAGUACAAAUCAAGGUGCAACAGAUUGGGCCAGGCAUGAUUCAGCAGAUCCAAAGCAUGUGUGCAGACUGCCAGGGACAGGGCGAGAAAUUUAGCUCUAAGGACCGCUGCAAGGAAUGCAACGGGCGCAAAGUAGAACGCAAGAAGAAGGUUCUUGAAGUAAACAUUGACCAAGGUAUGAGAGACGGUCAGAAAAUUACAUUCAAUGGAGAAGGCGACCAGGAACCUGGACUGGAGCCUGGGGAUGUAAUCAUUGUCCUGGAUCAGAAGGAGCACACCGUGUUCAAGAGAAAAGAGGAUGAUUUGAGAAUGAAGAUGAGCAUCAAACUUGCUGAGGCUCUGUGUGGUUUCAAGAAGACCAUUCAAACGUUAGACGACAGAAAUCUCAUCAUCAGCUCACUUCCAGGUGAAGUAAUCAAGCAUGGUGACAUCAAAUGUGUUCAGAAUGAGGGCAUGCCAAUUUACAGGGAUCCUUAUGAAAAGGGACAGCUUAUCAUUCAUUUCCAGGUGGAAUUUCCAGAGAAAGACUGGCUUCCAGAGCAUCUCAUGUUCCAGCUGGAAAGGCUGCUUCCUCCCAGGGAGGACGUGAUGAUUACUGAUGACAUGGAGGAGGUGCUGCUCUGUGAGGUGGACGGGCAGUCACAACAGAGAAGCGCCAGUAGGGAAGCUUAUGAGGAAGACGAGGAGGGUCCCAGAAGUGGAGUGCAAUGUCAGACCCAGUGAUCAUAAAAACAAAUUGUUGUAGCGCAUGUGGGUUUUUGUUUUUUUUGUGAACUUGCCUUUAAAUUUCCGUUUUUCACAAAAUAAUGCAAUUAAAAUGAGUUACAACUGGUUUAAAAGAGUUGCCGAAGCCAUUUGGUUGUGCAACUCUCCUGGGACACAAAUAUGCAAGUGGAGAACUCUUCAUGUAACAUUUGUGCUCCCAACGUUUCAAUACUGUAUUUUGGUGUCACUGUCUUGUGUGUUCUCUAUUUAAGAUCUGCGUCUUUUAUAUCCGUGUACGUUUCUAAAGAAAUCUAUGGCACAUAUGUUUUCUUUUCAGAAGCUGAAAGGACUACUUGCUUUCUGUGAAGGUAAUUUCAGUCAUGACAAACAUUUUUGGUUAUUUCUCAAUAAAAAGUCCCAGAAUGCCUCAACUUUUA